AUCGAAUUUAAUAAUCCCUCGGAAUCCGACUAUUUAUAAAUUCUCAUAGAGAGCAAACGCACGAUAGAAACAAGGCUCCUUUCCUCGUUCUUAUCUUUGAGUAGAUAAGGAGAGUCUCCUCUUUCGAAAAUAAAAAAUCCAUGGAUCCUUACAAGUACCGCCCGGCGAGCUCUUACAAUUCUCCGUUCUUUACGACAAACUCCGGUGCCCCUGUUUGGAACAACAAUUCAUCAUUGACCGUUGGAUCAAGAGGGCCAAUCCUACUUGAGGAUUAUCAUGUGAUCGAGAAACUCGCUCAAUUUGACAGGGAGCGCAUCCCAGAGCGUGUUGUUCAUGCCAGGGGAGCUAGUGCAAAGGGUUUCUUUGAGGUCACCCAUGAUAUUUCUCACCUCACCUGUGCCGAUUUCCUUCGGGCACCGGGUGUCCAGACCCCAGUCAUCGUUCGCUUUUCAACUGUUAUCCAUGAGCGUGGCAGCCCAGAAACCCUGAGAGAUCCUAGAGGUUUUGCCGUGAAGUUUUACACCAGAGAGGGUAACUUCGAUCUUGUUGGAAAUAACUUCCCAGUCUUCUUCAUUCGUGAUGGAAUUAAGUUCCCUGACAUGGUCCAUGCUCUGAAGCCGAACCCAAAGUCCCACCUCCAGGAGAACUGGAGGAUACUCGACUUCUUUUCUCACCAUCCAGAGAGCUUGCACAUGUUUACCUUUCUCUUUGAUGAUUUGGGUGUCCCACAAGAUUACAGGCACAUGGACGGGUCUGGUGUUAAUACCUAUACUCUUAUUGACAAGGAUGGAAAAGCCCAUUAUGUGAAGUUCCACUGGAGGCCCACAUGUGGAGUGAAGUGUCUAUUGGAGGAUGCGUGUGUGACCGUUGGAGGAAAUAAUCACAGCCAUGCAAGUAAGGAUCUUUACGAUUCGAUUACUGCUGGAAAUCACCCAGAGUGGAAGCUUUUCAUCCAGACUAUUGAUCCUGAUCAUGAGGAUAGGUUCGAUUUUGAUCCGCUGGAUGUUACCAAGACAUGGCCGGAGGACAUCUUGCCUCUUCAGCCUGUUGGGCGCAUGGUCUUGAACAAGAACAUUGAUAACUUCUUUGCUGAAAAUGAGCAGCUCGCCUUCUGCCCUGCGAUCAUAGUGCCCGGGAUUUAUUAUUCAGAUGAUAAGCUGCUCCAGACUAGGAUCUUCUCAUAUGCUGAUACUCAGAGACACCGCCUCGGGCCGAAUUAUCUGAUGCUUCCUGCGAAUGCACCCAAAUGUGCUCAUCACAACAACCACCAUGAUGGUUUUAUGAAUUUCAUGCAUAGGGAUGAGGAGGUGAAUUACUUCCCUUCGAGGUAUGAUCCGGUGCGUCAUGCAGAGACAUAUCCAAUCCCUUCCCGUAUUUGCACUGGGAAGCGUGAAAAAUGUGUCAUCGACAAGGAGAACAAUUUCAAGCAGCCCGGAGAGAGAUACCGAUCCUGGGCACCAGACAGGCAAGAUCGUUUUAUCCGUCGAUGGGUUCAGGCGCUGUCUGACCCAAGGGUCACCCAUGAAAUCCGCAACAUCUGGAUCAGCUAUUGGUCUCAGGCUGAUAGGUCACUGGGCCAGAAGAUAGCGUCCCGCCUCAACAUCAAGCCGAGCAUGUGAUUAAUGGAUGUGGGGAACUGCUUUCAAGUUGCGGAGGGUUAUAUGUAGAGAAGAGUGUCAUGGAUGUCAAACAGAAGCUGAUGAUGGUUGAUGAUCAUUUCAUUGUACUAAGAACAUCUAAGUGAAGUUAACUCUACUUUGAUCAGAUCAUAUAAUAAAUUGCAGUUUCUAUGCUGGAAAGAAUCUCUUGUUGAGACCUUCCACCUUUAUAA